AUGGAAGAACAGAUCCAACAGAUUCGUGAGCAUAUCAAGAGUCAAAUUCCAGAUACCAUCAAUGACUUCCUUCAAACGGUCGGGACAACAGCGAUACGAAUACUUGGCGACACGCCUAACAGCGCACUCGACGUUGGAGAUAAGCUGGGUUCCAUACGUCAAUUUGCGGCAAAGCUCGAGGAAUCCGUUCGUGCAACCCGUCCCAACGCUGAAACUUGUUUCCUCGCCGUCAACAUACACCCCCAGAAGCACUCUUAUUUCGUGCUUGAUGUCCACAAUGUCGACUAUGUCUACGAGACUGCGCACACUGACAUGACCACGAUACCAGUCUAUGUUCUUCGCCUGUCGAAGAGGAGAAUCAGCAUCUUCAGACAAGAAAGGCUAGACGCUACUCUUGCUGUGACCCUAGCAGAAAUGCACGAUGGACACGGUCAAGACCCUUUGCCUUUGGUUGACGAUUACAACCACACCGUCCAAUACAAAAACCCCCGCAGCCUUUCGUCUCGAUGA